CGGUAUAAAAGCUCAUCUCUCUUCACCCUGCCGCAGUCUGCAUCCGGCUUAGAGAUGAGCUACCCAAUGGACUACCUCUACGGCCACGGCUCCUAUUCCAGGACACCACAGGGACACUCUGCCCGGCCCGCCGCUUCCCUCUCCUCCUCCGGCUACCACUCUCAGCCAUGGACGACCUCCCAGCGCCGCCGCCCGGCCUACAGCCAGGCAGCCUCUGCCGACAGCUUGGAAAUCUUUAAUGGCGACAUGACUCGGAGGAACGAGAAGGAGAUUCUGCAGACACUCAACGACCGGUUCGCCGGUUACAUCGACAAGGUGCGGAACCUCGAGCUGAUUAACUCGAAUCUGGAGCAGGAAGCGGCUGCGCUGCGACAGAGCCAGACGGGGCGGGCUACCGUGGGAGAGCACUAUCAGCGUGAGCUGGGGGACCUGAGGGCUAUGGUCCAGCAGUUGACCGGGGAGAAGGCACGCACACUCUUGGAGCAUGACCACCUUGAAGAGGACAUCCAGCAUGUGCGGACCAGGCUCGAGGACGAGGCACGCAGCCGGGAGGAGCUGGAGUCCGCAGCACGCGUCAUGAACAAGUAUGUGGAUGAGUCUGGGCUCGCGCGGCUGGAGCUGGACAAGAAGCUGUUCGCGCUGCAGGAAGAAGCCGCGUUCCUGAAGAAAAACCACGAGGAUGAGGUGGCCGAGAUGCUUGCACAGAUCCAGGGUGCACAGGUGAGGUUCGAGGCUCGAGACACGAUCAAGGCGGACGUCACGAGCGCACUGCGGGAGAUCCGCGCACAGCUGGAUGGCCACGCGACUAAGAGCGCAAUGCAGGCAGAGGGAUGGUUCAAAGUGCGUAUGGAACGGUUGGCGGAUGCAGCUCACUCUAACACGGAUGCAAUCCGCGGUGCCCAAGAGGAGAUAGCCGAGUAUAGACGGCAGCUGCAGAGCCGCACCAUCGAACUGGAGACCCUCAAAGGAACCAAGGACUCGUUGGAGAGACAAUGCAUGGAUAGUGAGGACAGACACCAUGGAGAUAUCCACUCCCUACAGGAGACCAUCCACCAGCUGGACGGUGAGCUGAAGAGUACUAAGUGGGAGAUGGCCAGUCAGCUUAGAGAAUACCAGGAGCUGCUGAACGUCAAGAUGGCUCUGGACAUAGAGAUAGCUGCUUACAGGAAGUUGCUGGAAGGGGAGGAGACUCGGUUCCUAUCUGGGCCAAGCCUGUUCUCCUACUCCUCCGUUCACCUUAAGCUGAAGGGGGAGGAGCUCUCAGACACAGUCAUACUGGAGGAACAGACGGAUGAGACACAGGUCACUGAGGUGACAGAGGAAGGAGAGGAAGAGGAGAAGGGUGAAGAGGAAGAGGGGGAAGGAUCUGAGGAUAAGGGAGGAGAGGAGGAAGAGGGUGAUAAGGAGGAAGAGGAAGGAUCUGAGGAUAAGGGAGGAGAGGAGGAAGAGGGUGAUAAGGAGGAAGAGGAAGGAUCUGAGGAUAAGGGGGAAGAGGAGGCAGGUGAGGUUAAAGAGAAGUCUAAGUCACCUGAGGAGGCUGCUUCUCCAUCUAAGUCUCCCAUCAAAACCCCCCAGCCCAAAUCUCCCGCCGUCAAAUCCCCUGAAUCCAAAUCACCCCAAGCCAAAUCUCCCCUCCCCAAAUCACCCGCCAAGUCUCCUGCCCCCAAAUCUCCCACAGAGAAAUCUCCCCAGCCCAAAUCCCUGGCUGUGAAAUCACCAUCUAAAUCUCCCCCUAGCAAAUCCCCAGAGUCUAAGUCCCCUCCUCCCAAGUCCCCCCUCCCCAAGUCUCCUGAACCCAAGUCCCCCAUCCAGGAGAAGGCCAAGCCCCCUGCAGAAGACAAACCAGCCAAGGAGGAGAAGAAAGAGAAGGAACAACCCCAGCCUGUAAAAGAGGAGAAGAAACAGGAGCCAGAACCCAAGGAGAGAGAGAAGAGUGAGAGCCCGCCUAAAGAGAAGGCUGAGGAGAAGAAAGACAAACCAGAUCCCAAGGAGAGCAAGCCAGAGGAGACCCCAACACCUGCCCCUCCUGCCGCCGCCUUGGCCAAGCCUGCAGAGGAGAAGCCCGCCCCCGCCAAGGAGAGUCCCACCCCUGCUAAGAAGGAAGAUGAGAAACAGGCCCCAUCCAAAACAGACGACAAACCUCAGGCAGAGUUGAAGCCUGCCCCCAAAGAAUCACCAGAGAAAACAGAGAGCAAGAAAGAGAAGAAACCAGAGCCCAAAGAGGAGGUGAAGGAGGACAAGCAGGAGGCCUCUAAAGGGUCCGACAGUACAGAGGUGAAGGAUACGAAGGUGGAAGGGAAGGCAGAGAAGGACGAAAAGUCCUCCAGCACUGAGGUCAAAGAGAAAGCCAUGAAGUGAAUCACUAACGCAUUGUGUAUGAGCCAAGAGGAGUGAGAGAGAGAGACGCCAAAGAACUAUCGGGGAGGGAUGGGAGGGGGAAGGGAGGGAGGGAGGCUACUGAAGAUCUGAGCAGCCUUUGUCUCCUACUCUGCUCUGGCCUUCCUUUACAAACAGUAAACAAGCAAAGCAAUAGUGUUUCUCUAGUUACUAAUCCCUGGGUACUCAACCCUGAUAUGAUGCUUCUUCUAAUAUAUGACUGUAAAGAAUGCAGAAUGCUCUAAACUCUAUCUGAAUGUGUCUGACUUCCCGUCAAUAAUAACAAGUGCAUUAAACAGCAACAUCGCUCUGGCUGGGAGCACAGCACAGUGCCAUGUACCUUCUGAAGCCUUCAAGGGCAGAGAUGUCAACAAAUGUCUAUAAAAGAUUGUGUCAAAUGAAUAUAUUGUACUGUUUGUGUGUAUUUAUGACGAUAUAAAUUAGUAUAUUAUAUUGACGGCUAUAAAAAGCAGAGAGACUAUGAACCCGCUCAUUGUGCACCUUAAACAGCUCCCUGUCUGAUGGUUGUGCUGAGUCACUGUGCUGUUGUUAGUAUGCUAGGUCAGGGAGGAUAACUCUGAAGUCAGGGAUGACUGUGCCAUGUAUAAACUGCUGAGAAUAUGCAAUACAAACUGAUGUAACUAAUAAAAGGUUCAAACUGAACAA